CAGGAGGGGUGCCUGACCGUGAAGCAAGAGCCGGGGGGCCAGACUGGAGGACAGAGCUGCGGUCUCCAGAACCACCCUCCCGUCUGUGAGAUCUUCCGGCUGCACUUCAGGCAGUUGUGUUACCACGAGAUGUCCGGGCCCCAGGAGGCUUUGCGCCGCCUCCGGGAGCUGUGCCGCUGGUGGCUGAUGCCAGAGGUGCACACCAAGGAGCAGAUCCUGGAGCUGCUGGUGCUCGAGCAGUUCCUGAGCAUCCUUCCCAGGGAGCUCCGGUCCUGGGUGCAGCUGCGUCACCCCAGGAGUGGGGAGGAAGCCGUGGCUGUGGUGGAGGAUUUCCAGAGACACUUCAGAGGACCAGGAGAGGUUCCAGCGUGUGCAGAGGAGCAGAAGAUGCCUUUGGAUGAGACAGCAGCUCUGGGUGCAGUGGAGAAAUCUCUUCCUGCUUCACCCUGCAGUGGGACCUCAGCUCCCGGAACCCGCCAGGAGCCUCCCCAUGACACCAUGGCACAGCAUGUGCCCAAUGGACACACUGCUCCACUUGCUUCCUCAGCUCCUGCCCUUCCCCACGUGGGAAACUCAGGUGACCAGCCAGUGCCAACUGUGCUUCAGAUUGUUAGGCCCCAGAAAUGUGCGGUGUAUGAGGACCUGUCUGUGGACUAUAAUCAGAAGAAGUGGGAAGGUCCAGCACUCAGUAAGAGAGCCCUCUCCUGGAACACGACCCUGGAGCAUUAUCACGGUGUGUCAUCAGGUCAGAACAGAAUGGAGAGUUCAGAGUUGACUCCAAAGCAAGAAUGUCCAGAAGAACCACAGUCAUCUGAUGGGACAGCAGCAGGACUCCAGGGGCUGGAUGGUGGGGCACCAGAGGCUGGAGACGCCGGUGAGGACGCUUUCGUGACUCCAGAAGCGCAGCCCUUCAAUGGAGAAGGGAGUAGAUUACAAAGCAGCUUCCUAGAAAUAAAAAAUAAUGAUAAAAAAUGCCCCACAAAAGACAGAUGUGAGGACUAUAGGGAACUUGGGGAACAUGCUAGUCAGUCCUCCAAUCCUGCUGAACGUCAAGGAGUUCUAAAGGGACAGAAAUUCUGUAAGUCUGAUGAAUGUGGCAGAGCUUUCCAUCAAAGCUCACACCUCAUUGGCCGUCAGAGAAUCCACACAGGAGAGAAGCCCUAUGAGUGUAAUGUAUGUGCAAAGACCUUUAGGCAUAUUUCUCAGCUCAUUGUUCAUCUCAGAAUCCAUACAGGGGAGAAGCCCUGUGAAUGCAGUAAAUGUGGGAAACCCCAUCAGCAUAGCUCCCAUGUCCUCCAACAUCAGAGACUCCAUAUCUGGGAGAAACCAUAUAAAUGUAAUGAGUGUGCUGAAGCCUUCACUCACAGCCCCCAGCUCACUGACCACCAGAGAAGGCAGGCUGGGGAGAAACCUCACGAACUUAACAAGUGUGGGGAGCCCUUCAUUCAGAGCACAAGUCUUGGUCCACAUCUGAUCCUUCACAUGGGGGAGAAACCUUAUAAGUGUGAUAAGUGUGGGAAAGCCUUCUUUUCAGUCGGGAGUCUCACUGAUCAUCAAAGAAUCCACACUGGGGACAAGCCUUAUGAGUGCAAUGAAUGUGGCAGGGCCUUCAGCCGGAGUAAAAGUCUUGUCCGACAUCAGAGCCUCCACACUGGGGAAAAGCCAUAUAAAUGCAGUGCAUGUGGGAAAGCCUUCAGUCAGAACUCUCAGCUGGUUGACCACAAGCGGAUGCAUACUGGAGAAAAACCUUUUGAAUGUGGUGAGUGCGGUAAGGCAUUCAGCCUGAGUAAAUGCCUUAUUCGACAUCAGAGGCUUCACACAGGGGAGAAGCCCUACAGAUGCAAAGAGUGUGGAAAAUCCUUCAAUCAGAACUCACACCUCAUUAUCCACCAGAGAAUUCACACAGGUGAGAAGCCCUACGGGUGUAACGAGUGUGGCAAAGUCUUCAGUUACAGCUCGAGCCUUAUGGUACAUCAGAGAACCCACACGGGGGAGAAGCCCUAUAAAUGCAACAACUGUGGUAAAGCCUUCAGUGACAGCUCACAGCUCAUUGUGCACCAGAGGGUUCACACUGGAGAGAAGCCCUACGAAUGCCAUGAGUGUGGCAAAGCCUUCAGCCAGCGCUCCACUUUUAACCAUCACCAGCGAACUCACACGGGAGACAAGCACUCUGCUCUGAUUCAGUCAGUUUCAUAA